GAACUACAUCUCCCGCGGGGCUGCGCCAGCCUCGCUUCCCGCCCCGCUCUCGCCUCGCGGGACCUGGCGCUGCCUGUGGCGGGAGCCGAUGGAGGGCGCCGCGGAAGAGCCGCUCGUGCGGUGCCCUGUGUGUCUGCGGGAGCUGCCGGGAGCCGACAUCAACGUGCACCUGGACGAGUGCUUGCAGGCCGGGGAAGAUGAAAGGGAGCCGGGCGCGUCGCCCCCUUCUAAGCGGCCACGCUUCGCCACCGCCCCGCCAGCGGAGGGGAAGCCGGAGGCGGCCUGCCCGGCCGCCAUCACACCCGUCUUCUCCCUCUUCCACAAGAGCCGUGUCGGAGGACAAAGCCCGGUAGCCCCCGGCCGGAGGAGCGGGGCAGGGCGAGAGGAGGCCAUCGUGAAAGCGGAAGAGGGAGGCUCGGCGGAGACGGGCGGCAGGCUGGCGUUGAGCGGGGCGAGCCUGAUGCAGAGGCUGGAGGGGAAGCCCCUGGCCGAACAGCUGCGGCCGGACACACUGGGGGAUUAUGUGGGGCAGGAGCGGGUGCUGGGAGCGCAGACGCUGCUACGAUCCCUGCUGGAGUCUCACGAAGUCCCCUCCCUCAUUCUCUGGGGGCCACCGGGCUGCGGCAAGACUACACUGGCACACAUCAUAGCCAACAGCAGCAAAAAGAACGGUGCGAGGUUUGUGACAUUGUCAGCCACAAGUGCUAAGACAAAUGAUGUUCGAGAUGUCAUCAGCCAAGCCCAGAAUGAAAAAAGACUCUUCAAGAGAAAAACUAUCCUCUUUAUUGAUGAGAUCCACCGUUUCAAUAAAUCUCAGCAGGACACUUUCCUUCCUCACGUCGAGUGUGGGACGGUGACCCUGAUAGGAGCAACCACAGAAAACCCCUCCUUUCAAGUCAAUGCUGCCCUUCUGAGCCGAUGCCGGGUGAUUGUCCUGGAGAAGCUCUCAGUCGAAGCUAUGGAGGCAAUUCUGAUGCGGGCAGUCAGGUCCUUAGGAGUCCAGGUUUUGGGCCAAGGCAAGCAGCACAGCAGCUCUGUGACUGGCAGUGGCAGCGAAAGCUCAGACUUCCAGGUGUACAUAGAGGAUAAAGCUCUCAGCACCCUAGCCUACCUCUGUGAUGGUGAUGCAAGGACAGGACUGAAUGGACUCCAGUUAGCAGUUCAAGCCAGAUUAGCAGCUGGGAAGAUGACUCUGUUGGACCCUACCAAAAGUGGUUCUUCAGAUGGCAUUCUGAUAACAGAAGAACAUGUAAAGGAGGGGCUACAGCGAUCCCACAUUCUGUAUGAUCGAGCAGGAGAGGAACACUACAAUUGCAUCUCGGCCCUGCAUAAGUCUAUGAGAGGCUCAGAUGAAAAUGCUUCACUUUACUGGCUUGCUCGAAUGCUCGAAGGUGGUGAGGAUCCACUCUAUGUGGCAAGGAGGCUGGUGAGGUUUGCAAGUGAGGAUAUAGGGCUGGCAGAUCCCCUGGCUUUAACACAAGCGGUUGCUGCUUAUCAAGGCUGUCACUUCAUUGGAAUGCCAGAGUGUGAGGUGAUUCUAGCACAAUGUGUAGUGUAUUUUGCCAGAGCACCCAAGUCCAUAGAGGUAUACAAGGCAUAUAGCAAUGUUAAAGAGUGUCUGAGAAUGCAUACGGGUCCUCUGCCACCUGUGCCACUGCACCUGAGAAAUGCCCCAACUAAGCUCAUGAAGAACCUGGGCUAUGGUAAAGGCUAUAAAUACAACCCCAUGUACAAGGAACCUGUAGACCAGGACUAUCUACCAGAAGAGCUGAAAGGAAGAGACUUCUUCAAGGAAGAAAAAACAUGAUGACCUUGCUCUGAAUAGGUUUUCGCCUUGUGAUUCAUGUGUUUGCACCGGAAUGAAACUUGCUCAGCUGUUACUGUGGUUGAAAGUAGUAAACCACUGAGCCUUUUGGAUGCUUUCUUUCCCUUCUGGUUUUACAGACGUUAUUCUGAAGAUGUUUUAUGAAGAUUUGCAGCUAAGCAGUACAGAAGUGGGAACAAAAAAGUUUUAUCAGUUUUAUCAGUGUAGUGAUGUCACCCUCUGGUUCAGACUAAAGAAAAUAUGAGGGACUUGUCUUUCUGGCUCUUGCUGUGACACCAGGAAUAUUAUUGCACUGCUUUUUGAAGUCAUCUGUUUCAGUUUGUGAGAACAUAUUGUAUACUCCCUAUUAAAAUAAGGUAAGCAAUAUACAAUUCUUGCUCUUGUGAUGUUCCAGAGACUAAUUUUUUACAUUUAUUACACCAAUAAAGUUGUUAAGAAUAGUG